AUGGCCGAGACGAAACAGACAGAAAUCGUCGGGGUGCGGUGUCCAAAGGGAUGCGAGACCAUCAUGACCGGCGGCACGGGGGCUGUCUAUGGAUUUAAAGACCGUCCUGAUGUCGUGGUUAAGCUGCCGUACGAGACAGACCGGCACAAGGCACGCUUCGACACGGAAAAGGCCAUCUUCCGCCGCCUGGGGUCGCACCCGCACGUUGUGCCUUGCCUCGGCAUCGAAGACAACGACCGAGGCGGCAGGAUCUACAUGGCCCGCGCCAAGCACACCGCCAUCCGGGGCUACUUCCGCGAGGGCGGGACGGCCUCCCUGGCCGAGCGCGUGCGCUGGUGCCGCGACCUCGCCGCGGCUGUCCACUACAUUCACGACAAGGGCGUGCGCUGGGGCGACAUUGGCGGCCGUAACAUUCUGUUUACCGCCGACCGUAACAUCUGGAUCUGCGAUUUCGCCGGCUCGGGCCUCGACGGCGUACCACCCAUCGUCUGGGGUGAGGACGGAUUCCGGCACCCCGACGACGAGUCCCCCGAGACCUCGACGGGGACCAUGCCCUGCGAGAUCCACGCACUCGGGUCUGCCAUGUACGAGCUGAUCACAUCCAGGUGUCCGCACUGGAAGGAGGAAGCGGAAUGCCGCGGCCGAGCAGCCGGCCUCCUCCGCCGCGGUGUGUACCCCGACGUGUCGGACGUGGCGCUGGGCGACGUCAUCCAGCGGUGCUGGAAAGGCGAAUACACCUCUGCUCGUGAAGUGGCUGAGGGCAUAGAAGAGAAGAUGCCACAAUAUGAGAACGAAGACAAGCCGUUUUAA